UUUGAACAAUUUUUUGCCGAUGGCCGACGACGCGCUGAGCCAAGUGGAGGACGAGAUCCGGCUCGCCGAGGCUUACCUGCAGCAACGAAGCGCGCCGCCGUCGGCCGCAACGCCGCCCAAGCUCUCGGAGGCCCGCCGAAAGGAGAUUCUCGCCAAGCUCCAGGACGAGCGGCGCAGUGUCCUCGAACGAAAGAAGACGCCAACCGUGAGCGACGAUCUCCCCUGGACCACGUCGUUCUUGGACACGGCCGCGCGGUUUCCGCUGCCGUCGCCAACACAGCAGUCCUUCACCGAAGCCAUCGCCUACGACAAUGACGAUGGCAAAGCCUACGACAGCGACAGCGACGAUGGCUAUGACAACGGUGAUGAUGAUAUGAGCUUUCUCAAGGAGCUUCAGGAAGGCGAUGACACGCUGUAUUUUGCCUCGGAGCUUCCAGCGACGUUGCCACGGAGGCCAUCGACCUACGUCGACGACGAAGAUGACCAGAGUGCUCCAGCAUCAGUAACCUCGAGCCAUACGUCGCCCACGAAGCCACUGCCCAAAGCCGUCCGCUUCGACAUUGACUUUGCCGCUGGUCGUCAAAGUGGCACUCCUCCCACGGGUAUCGCAAAGCGGCGGGCAGCGUCGGCGCCGCGCGAACGCAGCACAGCUUCGCAUUCGCCGCCAAUGGAUCCCGAGUGCACGUUCCGCCCCAAGACCACGCCGUACAAAGGCUCCAAGGUCCGAGCGACGGGGCCUAGCCGCCUCUCGCAGCUGGCAGCGCCGCGUAGCGCCGAGUACGCCAAGCGUGAGAAGCUCAAGAUGGAGCAGGAGCUCGCAUCGCUGAGUUCGUGCACGUUCACGCCCAACGCCCACGCGCAACGGACGCCCGAAAAACAUGUCGGAAAGACAAACAAAAUGGCGUUUGUCGAGCAGCAAAUGAGCCCCAAUCCGAAGCGUGUCAAGGUCGACGACGUCACCGAACGACUGUACGGGGACGGGCUCUUGCGCUACGAGCUCCGUGCCAAGGUCAAGCGCGCACUCGAAGACCGCAGCGUCCGCGCGACGUGCACGUUUACGCCGAAAAUCAACGCCGUGACGCGCGCCAUGGUCGACCACACGCAGUACAAACCAAUCCAGGACCGGGUUCCCGAGAUCCAGCGCCGCAAGAAGGAGGUGCUCCGGCAGCUCGCGACGUCGGUCGAAGACAAGCUCACAUUUGUGCCGGCAAUCAACGAAAAGAGCCGCCAGCUCACGCAGCAGCUCGGGCACUUGAGCGUGACCGACCGCUUGGCGCAAGACGCCGAAGACAAUAUUGAGAAGCGACAGAUUGUCGAAGAGUUGUAUACGACCGCGCAAGGCCUCUCGUUUGCGCCGCAGGUCAACGAGCGAAGCCACUCGAUCGUCGACCACAAGCCAGAGUUCAAGCUCGACUUCGUGACGCGCCAGCGUGUGCUUCAAGACCGACGCGACGACAAAUUGGAGCACCAAAUGCUCCUCGAAGAAAAAGUCAACGCGAUCGAACAGCCGUUCCAGCCGUGUAUCGGCAACGCUGAGAAGGUGCUCAAGCACACUCGGCCCAAGCGACUGACCGAGAGCACGCCCGAGCAGCUCUAUCGCAUGACGUACGCGGAGCCGCGCAAGAAGGCCGAGCAAAAGAAGCGAUUGGAAGAAGCCUACUACAACAAAUUCUCGUACCAGCCCAAGCUCAACCACGUGUCCAAAGCCUUGGGGCGUGCGACUCCGAUUCAAAAGCUCGCCAAAAGUGACGCGGCCAAGCCGAUUCGGUCGCGUGUCAUCAAGGAAAUGGAGCUACGCACGCAAGCCGAGUGCCGGUUCCGGCCGGCGAUCACACCGCUGGAAGGCGACGCCGACCGGUCGACUGUGUGGAACCCGGCGACUGUGAUUCAAACCAUCGAGCGCACCCGCGAGCGCCGGCGCCAGUCGCUCGAAGACAAGCGCCAUCUCCUCGAGUUUGAGGAGCUCCAGCGUUGUACCUUCCAGCCCACCAUCAAUCGCAAGCCCAUCUCGGCCAGCGAAGCAGCCGCGCGGCCUGUGGUUGUCCGCGGUCUCAGUCGCUUCUUGGAGCUCAAGCAGCGCGCCAAGCGCCAGGAAGAAGAGCUUCGGGAGCGCGAAGCCAAGGUCUUUGGCACGUCGUAUACCCCCCGUGCGUACACCAUUCCUGCGCCGUUCAAGCUCUCGUACCAAGAUCGCCAGCGGGAUGGCAAGCGGAGUCGCCUCGAAGCCGAGCUUCGGCAAAAGGAGAUGCAAGAAUGCACGUUCGCGCCCAUGACCAUGGAGGUCAAGAACCGCAAGCUCAUCCAGAGUCUUCUCCGCGACGGCACGCACUAGUCGUCGUAAAAUGCAAUCUCGGCGUUGGCGCCAUUUUUCGAC